UUAACACUCGGUCGCAACCGACGCGACCGGUCGGUUUUUGCUAUUCUUGAUACAAAUUUAGCAUUUCUUUAAAAAACAAGCGCAGUUUUGAAACCGUUUGUUUUAUGCUAUGUCACAGUUUGUCAUCUUUUUGUAACUAAGUAUCUGGUGCCGAUCAUUUUUACAAACAAAAUGUGAAUGUGGAUAAAACAUGCAUCUGUAACUAUUGAUCUAAAAACAUACUUCAUAAAGAUCACUACCGCCUCCGCGAUCUAUUUUAGUGAACAGUUGCUUUCGUAUGCUUGCCUGCGCGGAGUUUGCUCUUUAUAUUAAUUAUUGUAUAAUCUAUAAUUUGCCCUCAGCAUCGUACGCGUAGCCGUAAUUUACUAGUAUUUCCAUCUAAAGUACUAAAUAAUAAUAAAAUAUGAGUAUAAAAAUUGAAGCUGAAACUAAAGUUGAUUCUGUACCGUAUGUUCUCGCUUGGGAUGAAAAAUUGUUUGUAGGUACAGAAAGCGGUCACAUAUACUCUUACAGCGCUGAUCUGUCUUCAAAUACAUCAUGGCCAGCGCAUUCCGUCCAAUUGUUUGCGUUGGCAGCUGGGGAAGGAAAUAUUUAUUCUUCUUCUAACGAUGGAUGUAUCAGAGUAUGGAAUUCAGAUGGCGAAAAAAUUAAAGAAUUCCCUUUGAACGGAGGGGAUGUCGGUGUGUUGCGUGUUUUUGGGAAGCAGGUCUUUGCUGGAGAUGAAAUUGGGAAUAUUGUGGUUUAUGAAAAUGACGUUGAAAAAGCGAAAUAUAAUGUUUUAGAGGAAGUAAAAGAUCUAUGGUUCGAUGCACCUUAUUUAUUUACUGUUAGAGAUUUAGAUGUGACAGUUACUGAAAUAAAACCAGACGAAUCUAAAACGCGUUUUAUCACGCGUCGUACAAUGGAAGGUCGUGCACCAUUAAGAGUAGUAGGAUCAAAGCUUUUAGUUGUGGCUAGAGGUGGCAAUAGCCUCAGAUUACAUGACAGCUCUUUUGAUACAGGUUUCAAACUGUUACACGAAAUAAAGGUAAGUGACAUGAUAGUUACCAGCAUAGCUGUGACAGGAGACUACGUUUGGACUGCAGGGUGGGAUGGUUUUGUCAGGAGGUGGAAGAUAGUAAGUGAUAAGCUGGAGGCAGCGGGUGAAGUGAAUCUCGGAGCUUGCGUUAAUUCACUGUCUAGUAAUUUGAAUAAUGUUUAUGCUGCAAUUGCAGAUGGAAAGAUAGUUUUGAUGAAUGCAUAGUUAGAGAGUGCAUAGUUAGAAUGCAUGAUAUAAAAAAGUUUUCUUUUUAAUAAUUUAGAACAUACUUUGGGAGUAAACUGUAAACUGAUUAUUUUGUUACUGAUACGAAAUUAAUAAUAUUGUUAGUACCACUCCCCGCGCACUAGGCAGCCUAGCUGCGCAACCAGUUAUGGCAGCCAAUCGACAGCCAUUUGUGAUCCUUUCGCCGAGCGGUAUAAUUCUAUACCUAUUUUAAAGAUGUUCGUACAUACCCAGACCGCUUUUUAACUACACGAGUUUGUACAAGCAUGCUGUGCGUUACAUAACUAAGUGCGUAAAAGAGACGGGUAUAAAUUUAAAGACACACUGUACGUUCCACCAAAAUUGGAAGUAGCCCCAGGUCCCUCAAAUAGGAGCUGAUCAUCAGCAUCUUAUAGGGAUUUAUUUGCGGACUCUUUUGUUAAUGAUUUGAAUGGCAAAACAAAUAUGCAUUGACUGCUAAAAGUGCGCGGAGACUGACAGCAACCACAUUUGCCAACACUCGUUCUGGCAGCACGCAGCCAAUGACCUGCCGUGCAACAGGCGCGUUGUAAUGGCUACGAAGAUUUCGGGGCUACUAUGUGCGCUGGCUCCCUUUUUUUCCUACCUAAACUGAUAGUCUCGAGAGGUUAUAUCAGCGUAACCUUAAUUAGUAGGUGAGCUCACGGGGAUCAAACCUGACGACGUUGCUAACACGAACCCUAGCAAGAGCCGUGCUUCGCAGAAUCUACCACCGGAUCGGAAACGCGACCCACUGAGAAGAUCCGGCGAGAAACUCAAUGGGCUGUGUCUGUGGGUUAAUUUACUCGUCGAGCCCUUCGUCGCAAGCGAUGGGUUCGACGAGAACGAUGACCGGUGCUUGAGGUACCUAAAAGCAGCGUUAGUGACAUCGACGUCCACUGCUUUCCAUUCUGUCUGCAGGAUCGGGCAUGUAGUUACCAGCGGCCACGAUUAGGGGGUUCUCGUGUCGUGCAGCAUUGUCGAAGUGGCGCAUCGAUGCCGACUGUAGAUACUUACUGAUGGACUCUAAGUCCAAGUCGUCAUGGAGGUCGACGUUCCUGACGAACCACGGGGCUCUGACGGCUAUCCUGCAAAAACGGGAUUGAAUAAUUUGGAGUGAUUUUAAGAUAGUGCGGGCCGAGUGAGCGAACACUACACUUGCAUAGGUCAUGACGGGGCGUAUGCAAACUUUGUAGUGUCACCUUAUUUCUAAGGGACAAUUUACUUCGCCUGCAAAUCAUCGGGUAGAGGCGUCCUAGUAUGAAGGUGGCACGGUCGCGUACCGUCUUUAAGUGGCGGCGGAAUGUCUUCCCUCUGUCGAGGGUGACGCCUAAGUAUUUGACCUUCGGGGCCCAUGUUAUGGGUUGAUCGUACAUCAUGAUUGGGCGAAUGGCAGAGGCAGAGGUGUGAACGCGCCUAGUCGGGAGUGGGCUGGCUCCCAUGCAACGCCUUAUGUUCGUCUGGCUGCCGCAGGCCGUCCGCCUAGUGCACGGGGAGCUUUAAGUUCUAGACUCGACUAUUUUCACACCACAGGAAUUGUAAUGUUAGUGAGAAUAUAUUAUAUUUCAUGAUUUUUUAAAUAAAUUUUGUUGUAGGGCAAUAUUAAAAA